AUUACCUCGUACAGCUAAGUCUGAGUUAGAUAUGCUAUGAAUUUUCACAUUGCUGCUUAUGAAGAUCUGAGAAGAGUUACUUAUAAAGCUUUCAAAUUGAGUUCAAGUGUUUGAGUUUGGAUUUUGCUUCUUUUUUUUUUUCUUUCUCAGACAAGGAUAUUAAAGAGAGAGAGAAAAAAAAUGAUGGAGGUUGUGAUUGUUGCAAUUGCUGCUACACUUGGGAAUCUUCUGAUGGGAUGGGAUAGUUCAACUAUUGCAGCGGGUAUGACCUACAUCAAGAAGGAAUUUGUCUUGGAUGCCACACUUGAAGGGCUAAUCGUGUCCAUGUCGUUUAUAACCGGCACCAUUGUGACAUUAUUCUCAGGGACAGUUUCUGAUUUGGUUGGAAGACGCCCUAUGCUGAUAACAUCUUCUAUUAUGUUCUUCCUUAGCGGUUUGGUAAUGUUGUGGGCACCUAAUGUUGUUAUUGUUCUGUUAGCGAGGAUAAUUGAUGGGGUUGCCAUUGCUCUUGCUGUUACUCUUACUCCUCUCUACAUAUCCGAGGUAGCGCCGGCCGAUAUCAGGGGCCAAUUGAACACUCUUACUCAGUUUGCUUGUUCUGGUGGAAUGUUCUUUGCUUACAUCCUGGUGUUCUCAAUGUCCUUGUCAGAUUCGCCAAGUUGGAGACUCAUGCUUGGGGUUAUUUUUAUUCCUGCCAUUGCUUAUUUUUUACUGGCUGUGUUUUACCUGCCUGAGUCUCCUAGGUGGCUUGUGAGCAAAGGCCGGUUACUUGAGGCUGAAAUAGUUCUGAAAAGGCUUCGCGGCACUGAAGAUGUUUCAGGGGAAUUGGCGUUGCUGGUGGAGGGUCUCAGCCCUGGGGGUGAAGCCACUUCCAUAGAAGAGUAUGUGGUUGCCCCAGCUAGUGAGCUUCUUGUUAACCAGGAAGCAGGGAAAGAUUAUAUAAAGUUGUAUGGUCCCAAUGAUGAGGGAGUUACAAUGGUUGCUCAACCAGUGAAUGGACAGGGUAGCAUGAUAUCCCGUAGUAUGUUGUCUCAGCAAGGAAGCUUUGGAACUCUGACUGGUGGUGGUCUUAAGGAUCCUAUUGUCACUCUCUUUGGAAGUUUGCAUGAGAAUACUCUCCCGGAGAGUGGAGGUUCACACAGUAUGCUACUUCAUAAUGCCAACAGUAUCUUUAGCAUUGGAGAGACGGCCAGUCCCUUUGGUACCAACGACAACCUGCACGCGCUACUAAUGCCACUUCAAGGGGGUGCUGGGGAGAAGGAUAGGGCUUAUGGGUCCAAGGACAUGUUAGGUAUGAGGAGCAAUAGCAGCCUGAGAAGUAAUAGUAGUUUGGUUCAUGGGAAUGCUGUUGACGCUCCUAAAAAUACCAACAUUGGUGGAGGUUGGCAGUUGGUUUAUAAAUCAGCUGAUGGUGCUGGUGGUGGGAAAAGAGAAGGACUCCAAAGGGUUUAUUUGCACGCAGAAACUGCGGCAGUGUCUCACUCUCAACAUGUUUCAUUUGUUUCAACUUCUGGCUAUGACAUACCGAUAGAUGGUGGUGAAGCGUAUCAAGCUGCUGCUCUUGUCAGCCAGUCAGUUCUAGGUACUCAUGAUAUGUUGCAUCUGCCAGAAGUUGCUGCACAAGGACCAAAAUGGAGAGCUCUGCUAGAGCCAGGAGUCAAGCGCGCAUUAAUUGUUGGAGUAGGACUUCAAAUACUUCAACAGGCUGCUGGCAUAAAUGGGUUUCUAUACUAUGCUCCCCAGAUUCUUGAGCAGGCAGGAGUAGGGGCUCUUUUAUCAAAUUUGGGCCUUAGUUCAGCAUCUGCCUCUUUUCUUGUAAAUAUCAUUACAACAUUCUGUAUGCUUCCUUGUAUAGCUCUCGCAGUAAGACUCAUGGAUAUUUCUGGCAGGAGGUCAAUCAUGCUGUACACUGUACCCAUUUUGAUAGUUUGUCUCCUGAUACUAGUGAUCAAGCAGUUCUUUCAAAUCAAUUCUGUCGUCGAUGCAGCAAUCACUGCUAUUAGUGUUGUGGUUUAUGAAAGCGUCUUCUGCAUGGGCUUAGGCGUUAUUCCCAACAUCAUAUGUGCUGAAAUCUUCCCAACAAGUGUUCGUGGAAUCUGCAUUUCUCUGACUUCUCUUACAUAUUGGGGUUGCACCUUGAUUGUCACUUUGAUAUUCCCCUACUUGCUCCAGCUUCUCGGUCUCACUGGUGUCUUUGGAUUAUUUGUUGUUGGCUGCAUCAUUUCAUGGAUAUUUGUCUACUUGAAAGUUCCUGAAACAAAAGGCAUGCCUUUAGAAGUUAUUAUUGAAUUCUUUGCUAUUGGUGCAAAGCCUGGUACUGAUCCUGCCGCAUUGGGAAUCAAAGGUUGAUACCUUAGUGAAUACUGAUAAGUUUAUAAAUUCAGUAGGUUCUGAUUCCUCCUAAAAUGAGUUGAGAAGUAUGGAAAAUUGAAACUAUUUGGCCUUGGGACAUAUGUCAGCAUGCAGCGACUUCCCCUUUUGUGCUUUUAGGAGAAAAUGAGUAUAAUCUAGUAAUUUAUUUAUACUCAUUAUGACUAAUGUUUAGGAUAUUCCUUGUAUUCUUUUAUAUUUUCAUUCCUUAGCAUUUGCCGUUUGAUUUUUCACCAUGCUUUGAAACAGGUGAUGUGCCCUAGUGAUAUUUGAGGUCUGAAAUGGUCAUCACUAUGCUGGUUGUGCUUUCUA